AUGUCUUACCCGAAUAUUCCUCCGACUCUCACGCCGCAGAAGCCGCUCCCAGGAGCUUAUUUCCAGACUCCUGCCCCCGGGAAUGCCUCCAAUGCGCCGCUCUUUCCUCCCAGGCCCGCAACGCCUUCUGCUGUUGCUCCAGUCCCAGAGCAAGCCUCGCCUGCUUCGCUCCCUAAGCUUCCUCCAGCAACCUCAAAGUCCAAGAAUCAGACAUUGAGCACAGAGGAGCGCGGUGCAGGGACGAUCAAUGACACGCUUGCUCAGGAAACUCGCUAUCCCGACCUCGAUAGCUACUUGUCGCAGGGCCUUUCAUCCGAUUACGAUAUCCCCGUCGCACCGUCAUGGGCGCCGUUCCAGAAAGUCAAGAUGUACAAUAUCCCCGACCAGAUUUUCGAUCAGUAUAACCGCGCGCAGGUAUCGACGAGUAUGGGUCUUUUCGCAGAGUUGAACCACGCGUGGGUUGCGAUUGAUAACGCCCUUUACUUGUGGGACUACACACACCCAAAUCCGCAAUUGGUGGGCUUCGAGGAUCAACCUAAUAGUAUCAACGCCGUCAAGCUGGCGCGACCUCGUGAGGGCGUGUUUCUGCCAUCUAUCGCCUAUAUACUCAUUGUCUCGACUACCGCGGAUGUCAUUUUGUUGGGUAUGGGCUGCGAGACGAUCGCGGGAGGUACACGGCAGGUGUCCUUGUAUCAAACGGGCAUGUCGACAACCAUUCGGGGUUUGGACAUUGACGUUUUGGCUUCGUCGGACGCAACUGGCCGGGUCUUCUUUGGUGGCUCAUCGGACAACGAUGUGUACGAACUCAUCUAUCAGCAGGAGGAGAAGUGGUUCCAGGGCCGGUGCUCAAAAGUCAACCACACUAGCUCUCGACUGGCAGCCUUCACCCCGAAUCUGAGCUUCACCCAAACGGCCUUUGAGCACGUGGUGCAGAUGGAAGUCGACGACAACAGAAGGUUGCUCUACACUCUCUCGUCCCUUUCGACCAUCCGUGUUUUCCACCUGAAGUCUGAUGGAACCGUCAACCUGGCCAUCACGAAACCCGCCAUGGAUAUCUACGCCAACAUUGGACAUAUUAUUAUGACAAAUGAAUCCCUCAACCCCAAGGUCAGGAUCGUGUCCAUCAGCCCUAUUCCGGCUGCGGAGGCUUCGAGAUAUCACCUUAUGGCGACCACCGCUACCGGUUACCGGAUCUACCUGAGUGCCACCGGGUCUUAUAGCUGGGCGCCGUCCCCGAAUGGUGCCAGCCCCCCGACAAGCAUGCAGGCGCACCAUGUAAAGACGCCACCAUUCGAUAACCCCUCCGCUGCUCCAUUGAGUCCUACAUUCCAAGCUCAGCCCCGGUUCCAGGCCCCAUUGGCUUCGAAAAUUCCUAUUCACUCCUUGGAUCCUACUCGCUUUACCGUCCGUUACCCUCCUGGCUACUUCUUCUGCUUUACUUGCAAGGAUUCCACGCAGAAAUCCGACACCUUGUUCGUCUCUUCCCCUGAUUCCGGGCGUGUAGCUCGUGCGCAGGAUAACCCCAUCCCUGGAAAGGCCGGUGAGACCGCGAGCUGGCUUUCGUUGGGCAGUAGGGCAGAGGAUAUUGGCCUCUGCUUCCCACCAGCCGCAGCAGCAUCCUCGCCUGGAGGGUUUGGCAAUGAGCUUGCCAUUCAGUUCGACAACCCGGCACCGGAAAUUGCUAUCUUGACGAACACUGGUAUCCACAUCAUUCGUCGACGUCGACUCGUUGACAUGUUCGCCGCAUUAGUACGUGGUGGUCGUGUUGAUAACGGCGGAGACGAGGGACUUGAGGGAGAGAUCAAGAACUUCAUUCGUACAUAUGGCCGGAGCGAGACGCUCGCAACAGCAUUGGCUGUUGCAUGUGGCCAGGGCGUGGAGAUCUCCACGGACUCGCGGCUAUCACAAAUCAACGACCCGGACGUUCUUGAGUUUGCGCGCAAGGUCUUCAUCGAGUACGGUGGUCGGCCUACAAUGAACGAGAAUGCCGUCGCUGAUAACUCGACGCCUGCUAUCGAUGCUGUCAUGCCGUCUCCCAGACACACAGGUAUUGCCAUGUACAUGACGCGUUUGCUGCGGUCGAUAUGGAAGAAAGAGAUCGGCAUAGCUGGCAAGGACCCCAACGGAGGGGAAACCAUCUCGCCUUCAGUCGCUAUCGCGAAACUGCAGACCAUUCAGCGCGACCUGACAGCGCUGCAGGACUUUUUCAAGACCAACAAGAGCUUCAUUGAGGGUCUGAGCGGUCCGGAAGCCCUGGCUCGCGUGUCGACCAAGCAAGAAGAAACUGCUCUGCAAGCGGAGCACCGUGCACUUCACUCUCUUGUCCAACUUGUCUCUCAUACCAUCGAGGGUAUUUCCUUCGUCUUGGUGCUCUUCGAUGAGCGGGUGGAUGAGAUUGUGGCCACUUUGCCUGACGAGUCGAAGCAGCGAUUCCUCAAGCUCACGUUUGAGGAACUGUUCAGCACUAGCAAGGGCCACGACAUUGCCAAGGAGCUAGUCAAGGGAAUUGUGAACCGCAACAUCGCUAAGGGUUCCAACGUCGAGACGAUCGCUGAUGCUCUGCGACGGCGGUGUGGCAGCUUCUGUAGUCCCGAGGAUGUGGUCAUCUUCAAGGCGCAGGAGUUGCUUAAGCGGGCGACUGAGGUCAAUGCUAACUCUGAACUCGGUCGCAACUUGCUCAACGAGUCUCUUCAUCUGUUCCAACAGGUUUCGGAUAGUCUUCCCAUGGACUAUCUCGUUUCUGCUAUGGAAAAUUACAUUGAGAACGAGUUCUUUGCGGGUGCAAUUCAACUCGCGCUUAAUGUUGCGGCACGCUCCGACAAGGCCAACAUGGCGUUCUCGUGGAUCGUGGAUGGACGGCCUCAGGAGGAUCCCCGCCGCGACUACUUCUACUUCAGGAAGCAAUGCUAUGAUUUGAUCUUCAAGGUCGUCAUUGCAGUCGACAGCCUCGCCGCUAAUGACCCCGGCGUCAUUGACGGGCAGUUCACUGUUAUUGCCAAGCGCAAGAACGAGGCGUAUGGCGUCAUUGCCGAUUCGGCCGACGAGGUGUUCCAGACGAGCUUGUAUGAUUGGUAUUUGGAACAGGGAUGGAGCGACCGAUUGCUCCAGAGCACAUCUUCAUUCGUCAUUACCUAUCUGGAGCGCAAAUCGGCAGACGACAUCGCGCAUGCGGAUCUCCUCUGGAGAUACUAUGCGCAGUCCCAGCGGUUCUUUGAGGCUGCUAAGGUUCAGUUGCAGCUUGCACAGAGCGCCUUUGCAUUGCCUCUGGGUCGCCGGAUCGAGUACCUUGGCCGUGCCAGGGCGAAUGCCUCGAUUUUCACACCGGAUGUGGGCCGCCAGUCGCGACAACGCGUGCUACAGGAGAUCUCAAACCUUAUUGAUGUCGCGAACAUCCAGGAUGAUUUGCUGCAGCGUCUGAAGGAUGACAGACGGGUUUCUCCGGACCGGAAGCUUGACGUUCUCGCGGAUGUCGACGGGCCAAUCAUGGACAUCAGUACUCUGUUCAAUGUAUUCGCUGAUCCUGCGAGCUACUACGACGUUUGCCUGCAAAUUUUCCACCUCGCGGACCACCGCAACUCGGCCGAUAUCAAAUCUACGUGGCAACACCUCUUGCAGGACUUGCACGACGAAACAGUCGAAAGGGGCGAACCCCUGCCCUACGAAGCCGUCAUCGAAAAGGUCCGCAGUCUCGGUAGCCGCCUCCGCAUGUCCGAGUUUGUCUUCCCCGUUCCGAUCCUCCUCCCCAUGCUUGAGCGCUACGCCCUCGAGUACCAGCGCGGCGUUGGCCCCGCGACAUGGGUGGUAGAUCUCUUCUUGGACCUCGGCGUCGCUCACGAAACCGUCUACACCGUCCUCGAGGCCAUGUACUACACCGACGAAGCACCCUUCCACGGCUCGAACCGGAAAUACAUUGCGAAGGACCUGCUGUACCUGAUUGAAUAUUGGUUCCACGAGACUGUCCGUCUCGGCGGAGCUGUGUUUGGCAGUGACCUGGUUGCGGAGCGAAUUUUGGAGAUGCUCCUUUUGUUACAGCAGGGUGGUAUUCUGCCAGAGCAGAUGGAAGUCGCGCAUGAACUUCGGGUGCGUAUCGAGAACAUCCUGCGGUGA